CCAAUAGGAAGCCUUCCGUUUCGCGCCUCAGCGUUCUCUCACUCACUUUCCCUCUCUCUGCAUCUCCUCCGCCGCCGUUCUCCAUCUCCACCGGUUCGUCGACGAAGAAGCAAAGGAAAGGAAAGUUAGGGCCAGGAAAAUGGACGUCGGUGAAGAAAUUAGGGCAGCUCACAAGCGAGACUUUUUGGAAUUCCUUGAACAAGUUGUUGGAAAGGGCAUUUACAUGGACGAGAUCAAAGCUAUGAUUAAUCACAAGCGACAUCGCCUUAUAAUCAACAUUUCCGAUCUUCAUUCUUUCAGAGAUCUCGGUCCCAGGGUUCUCCGGAAUCCCAGUGAGUAUAUUCAACCAUUCUGCGAUGCAGUCACAGAAACUGCACGCAGUAUUGAUCCAAAGUACCUCAAGGAGGGAGAGCAAGUUUUGGUGGGCUUUGAGGGCCCCUUUGUUUCUCGCCGCGUCACUCCCAGGGAACUUCUCUCUCAGUUCAUUGGCUCCAUGGUCUGCGUUGAGGGGAUUGUUACUAAAUGUUCUCUUGUAAGACCAAAAGUUGUUAAAAGCGUUCAUUUCUGCCCCACAACUGGGGGCUUUACCAGCCGUGAAUAUCGUGACAUUACAUCCAACAUGGGCUUGCCCACAGGAUCUGUGUAUCCCACAAGGGAUGAUAAUGGCAACUUGUUGGUUACUGAGUAUGGCUUGUGUAGAUAUAAAGAUCACCAGACCUUAUCAAUGCAAGAAAUGCCUGAGAAUUCUGCUCCUGGCCAGCUUCCACGAACCGUGGAUGUUAUUGUUGAGGAUGACUUAGUUGACUGUUGCAAGCCAGGUGACCGUGUUGCUAUUGUAGGGAUAUAUAAAGCACUCCCAGGAAAAAGCAAGGGUAGUGUGAAUGGAGUAUUCAGGACUGUUCUUGUAGCUAACAAUGUUUCGUUACUAAACAAAGAGGCAAAUGCACCAAUAUACAGUCCUGAGGACUUGAAGAAUAUUAAAAAGAUAGCUGAAAGGGAUGACACAUUUGACCUUCUCGGUGAUUCUCUUGCACCUUCCAUAUAUGGACAUUCAUGGAUAAAAAAAGCAGUGAUACUACUGAUGCUUAGUGGAGUGGAGAAGAACUUGAAGAAUGGCACCCACUUAAGAGGUGAUAUCAACAUGAUGAUGGUUGGAGAUCCUUCAGUUGCCAAGUCUCAACUUUUAAGGGCGAUAAUGAAUAUUGCACCCUUAGCAAUUUCCACUACUGGUCGUGGGUCAUCGGGUGUUGGGUUAACUGCUGCUGUUACAUCAGAUCAGGAAACAGGAGAGAGAAGGCUUGAAGCUGGUGCAAUGGUUCUUGCUGAUCGAGGUGUUGUCUGUAUUGAUGAGUUUGACAAGAUGAAUGAUCAAGAUAGGGUUGCAAUACAUGAAGUUAUGGAGCAGCAAACAGUGACUAUUGCCAAAGCUGGCAUUCAUGCUUCAUUGAAUGCCCGAUGCAGUGUGGUAGCAGCUGCAAAUCCCAUAUAUGGAUCUUAUGAUCGCUCAUUGACGCCAACAAAGAAUAUAGGCCUUCCAGACUCCCUGCUCUCUCGAUUUGAUUUACUGUUUAUUGUGUUGGAUCAAAUGGAUCCUGAUAUUGACCGUCAUAUUUCGGAACACGUGUUGCGCAUGCACCGGUAUCGGUCUGAUCUUGAUGGAGGUGAGGCAACGGGUGGGGGCUCAAUGUAUGGAAGAGAGGAGGAAGCUGAAGCUGACUCUUCUGUCUUUGUCAAGUAUGAUAGAAUGCUCCAUGGGAAGAAGACAAAACAUGGUCGGAAGCGCGAUACCCUCACCAUCAAGUUUCUCAAGAAGUACAUCCAUUAUGCUAAGCAUAGGAUACAACCUGACCUAACUGACGAGGCAUCUGAGCACAUUGCAACAGCAUAUGCAGAACUUAGAAAUUCAACUUCAAAUGCGAAGACUGGAGGAACUCUUCCAAUUACUGCCAGAACCUUAGAAACUAUUAUACGACUCUCAACUGCCCAUGCAAAAUUGAAGUUGAGUAGGAAGGUUUCAAAAUCUGAUGUGGAAGCUGCCUUGAAAGUUCUGAAUUUUGCCAUAUAUCAUAAAGAGUUGACUGAAAUGGAAGAGCGCGAACAAGAAAGAGAGAAAGAAUUUGAAAGAAAACGCAGAGCUGAACUCCAAUCAGUGGAUAAUGAUGGACCAGAUCGUAGUACUAGAAGACGAGAGGGCUCAAGAACAGAUACCAUGGAAAUCGAUGAUCCUCCUACUGAUGAACCUGCACCUGAUCUGUCUACAGAAAGAAUCGAAGCAUUCAAUUCUUUAUUUGGUCAGCACAUGCGUGCAAACCACCUGGAUCUUAUAUCUAUUGCAGGCAUCGAGAGCAUUGUUAAUGCUGCAGCAGAUACUCGUUACAAUACAGCUGAAAUAAUGUUGCUCUUGCAGAGGCUGCAAGAUGAUAACAGGGUAAUGAUAGCUGAUGGGGUGGUGCAUAUGAUAUCAUGAUUCAUGAAGAUUAUCAUCGGCAGGAACAUAACAUAGGUAAAUUGGCCAAUUGAAGUGUCUCAACUCAGAACGUGGAUCUAUCGGUAAUCUUUUUCAUAUGUUCCUCAAUUGGUAACAGAAGUAGCACAUUUCCAGGAGAAACUGACUUGGUGGAAGAUUACUUUUCCAGUUCAAAGCUCAAAAAUUCAGUGGGAAUCGCCCUCUUUCUUCUGUUGCCUGUAUUUUAUUAAUUCUGAACUGUUACAGUUACUGGGCAGCCUUACUAAACUUGCUGGGUCAGUUGGUACAUAUGUUUUUUUGGAAAAAUUCAUGAGUAGCCCUCCUAGAUAAUAUAAACUUCAAAUAGACAACAGUUGGUUUCAUCAACACCCUGAGAAGGGAGAGAAGAAUGGAUUUCCAAUUAAAAUUUUAACUUAGCCUUCA